AUGAGGCCCCCCAGGGGGACACUUGAACACCUCAUCAGGACCAGGUGGAGACACUGGUACCUGGGGCUCCGCAAGGCCCUUGCCCUGCUGCAGGCCACCUGGAUUGCCUACUCCCAGCCCGUCCCAGCCAGCUGUGGCCAGCUGCUGACCCAGGUCCUCCUGUGUGGUGCCCUGGCCCUUGCUGCCGCAAGUCUGACCUACUGCUGGCUGGCGUCCUCGCUGCUUUAUCCUCUCGGGCCCUCGGCCGUGGUGGCCACUGUCUGCGGCCUCCUGGCCUUCCUGGGGCUGGUCCUGGUGCCCCCCGCCCGCUGCCUGUUUGCGCUCAGUGUGCCCACGCUGGGCACAGAGCAAGGCCGCCGGCUUCUCCUGUCCUGGAGCACCGCCACGCUGACCGUCGCCGUGGUGCCCAAUGUCCUGGCCAACCUGCGUGCCGCUGGGCAGGUGCUGAGGUGCGUCACGGAGGGCUCCUUGGAGAGUCUGCUCAACACCACUCACUGGCUGCAGACAGGAUCGCAGGCCCUGGUCCAUGACGGCCAGGCGGGCAGCAAAGGCCUGACGCUCCAGGCCCAGGGCGACAGCGCCACCGCCUUCCGGCUCCACGUGCUCAGGGUCACCCGGCAGGUCCUGGAGGACUUCUCUGGCCUGGAGUCCUCGGCCCGGGUGGUAGCACUGGGGACCCAGAGGGUGGUCACUGGGCUCUUUAUCCUGGGCCUCCUGCUGGACUCAGCCUGGUACCUCCACCGCUACCUGACCGACCUGCGGUUUGAUAACAUCUAUGCCACCCGGCAGCUGACUCAGCGGCUGGCAGAGGUCGGGGCCACCCACCUGACGGCCUCCCCUCCAGCCUGGCUGCUCUGGGCAGCCCGGCUGAGGCUGUCCCAGGCGGAACUGCUGAGCUGUCUGGUGAGGCUGGGGCUGUUCACCCUGCUCCUGCUGGCCAUGGCGGUGACGGUGGCCCUGGACCACGUGGCCUUCCUUCUGGCGCAGGCAGCCGUGGGCUGGGCUCGGGAGCUGCCCGCUAUGCCCGUCAUGCUCACCGUCAAGUACGAUGCUAAGUACACCGUCCUGGGCUUCAUCCCCUUCCUCUUCAACCAGCCGCCUCCAGAGAACCCUUACCUCUCUGCCCACAACUCUUUCCAGUGGGAGCUGCGCUUCACUGCCCCUGGCUGCCCGCUGCUGCCCGCCCAGCGCCCGCACACGGCCGCGCUCCUGGCUGCAGGUGCCCUGCAGCUCGUGGCUUGCUCCACGGUCCUCCUGGAGACCUAUGCCCGCCGCUUGCGGCACAGCAUCGCUGCCUCCUUCUUCAGGACCCAGGAGGCCAGGAGGGUCCGCCACCUUCAUGCCCGCCUCCAGCGAAGAUAUGACAGGCACCGAGGCCAGCCAGCACAGCCACAAGACGCUUCCUCCUGCUUCUGA